AUGUCAGCCACUAGUACCGUUCCUUCAGAUAUAGCAUCGACAUCAGCCUCCACUCCUGCAAUGUCAGCCACUAGUACCGUUCCUUCAGAUAUAGCAUCCACAUCAGCCUCCACUCCUGCAAUGUCAGCCACUAGUACCGUUCCUUCAGAUAGCCUAGCAUUGUCAUCCACAUCAGCCUCCACUCCUGCAAUGUCAGCCACUAGUACCGUUCCUUCAGAUAUAGCAUCCAUCAGCCUCCCUGCAAUGUCAGCCACUAGUACCGUUCCUUCAGAUAUAGCAUCCACAUCAGCCUCCACUCCUGCAAUGUCAGCCACUAGUACCGUUCCUUCAGAUAUAGCAUCCACAUCAGCCUCCACUCCUGCAAUGUCAGCCACUAGUACCGUUCCUUCAGAUAUAGCAUCCACAUCAGCCCACUCCUGCAAUGUCAGCCAAGUACCGUUCCUUCAGAUAUAG